AUGACAGAGAGAACAUUAUCAAUGAAUAAAACAAAUAAACGUUUACAACAAACCCAAGCACAAGUAAAUGAAGUUGUUGAUAUCAUGAGAGUAAAUGUUGAUAAAGUAUUAGAAAGAGACAAAAAUCUCUCAGAACUUGAUGGACGAGCUGAUGCAUUACAAGCCGGUGCUUCACAGUUUGAAGCAAGCGCUGGUAAACUGAAAAGGAAGUUCUGGUGGAAAAAUUGUAAAAUGUUGACUGUAUUGGCUCUACUAGUGUUGAUUUUAAUAAUCGUACUAAUCGUAUGGAUUGUUUCUGAACAAAAAAAUGAAGCUGAACGGAAAUCACACGAAUCUAAUAACAAUAAAAGUAAUUCUAUGCAUAAUUUGCAACCUUCAUUAUCACAACGAAUGAUGAUUGAGCCUACCAGACAAGAGAAACAAAAGCUGCCACCAGCGUCAUUGUACAUGAUGACUGAACCGAGUAAUCAACAAGGAGGAGAACAACACAGGCCUCCGCUGCUACCGUCAUCAUCUGGAUACCGUCAUUCGAAUCCAACGAAAUUUAAACAAUCUGAGAAAUCACCUUCCCCCACCACCUCCUCCUCAUCAUCAUCAUCAUCACCGUCAUCACCUCUGCCAUCUAGACAUCAUAACGAGGAAAAGAUACCCCUUGUUUGA